AUGAGCGCGCCGGCGAGUUUCACGGUGCCUGAGGGCUUCACGCUGCACAAGGAGAACACGUCCGCGAUCCUGCUCCCGGCCGCGGGCAACGACACGUUCCUGAACCCGGUGCAGGAGUUCAACCGCGACCUGAGCGUUGCGUGCAUCCGCACGUGGGGCGCGACCGCGACCGCGGAGAAGGAGCGCAAGUGGGCGGAGCGCCGCGCGAGGCAGGCGGCGGGUGGGGGCGGCGGCGGGCACAAAGCGAAGAAGCUGAAGACUGAGGGGGACGCGCAGGCUGGUGCACCACAGGAGGCGGCUGUCCCGGAAGAGGACGCCUCGAAAGCUGUCGCGAAACCACAGGCUCAGGCAGAGUUCAAACCCCAGCAGUUCAUCAUUCUCGAAGCCCUCUCCGCGACCGGUCUACGCUCGAUCCGUUAUGCGCACGAGAUCCCUCUCGUAAAACAUGUCAUCGCAAACGACUUAUCACCUGCUGCCGUGGAAGCUAUGCGCCGGAACAUCGAACUCAAUGACUUGCACGAAAAGGAGGAGCCUGCACAAGAGGGCAGUGGCGAUAAGCCCAAGGUCCGGCCAGCCAAGGUUCGCGUGAACGAAGGUGAUGCAUGCGCUUUAAUGUACAACCACCGGAGUGAACGCAACCGUGUGGACGUCGUCGACCUGGAUCCAUAUGGCACCGCAGCACCGUUCAUCGAUGGCGCUGUGCAGUGCGUAAAUGACGGAGGCUUGCUUUGCGUAACAUGUACAGACAUGUCAGUUCUCGCGACCAUUAAUUAUCCCGAAAAAUGCUUCUCAAACUACGGAGGUGCACCCGUCAAGGCUGAGUACUGUCAUGAAGCGGCACUGCGUCUCGUUCUCCAUACGCUGUCUACCUCCGCGGCACGAUACGGUCGCUAUAUACAACCGCUCCUGUCAUUAUCGAUCGACUUCUACGUGCGUCUUUUCGUGCGCGUAUAUACCUCCCCCAUCGAGGUAAAGAAAGCGUUCAGCAAGACCGCGAUAUACCAUGUUUGCAGCGGCUGCCAGUCUUUCUAUGAGCAGCCCCUGGGUCGCGUGACCGAACAGGUCAGCGCAAAGGGUAACGCAUCAUUGCACUUCAAGGUGCAAUCAGGCCCGCCUGUGUCUGAGCGGUGUCCGGAGUGCAACUCUGCCCUCCAUGUGGCGGGACCGAUGUGGUCGGGACCCAUUCAUAACAAGGAGUUCAUCACCAGCGUUCUCAGCCACGUGGAAGAGAAUGAGGACAAGUACGGUACCUCCGCAAGGAUGAAGGGUAUGCUUACGGUUGCGAAGGAGGAGUUGGAGACUCCCUUUUACUUCACGCCUUCGAAAAUCGCAAGCCAUUUCCACUGCAUAUGCCCGAGCUUGGAUGAUACCGCUUCGGCGUUGCUCAACGCCGGCCACAAGAUAUCGCGCUCGCACGCCUGUGCAGGGUCACUCAAAACCACCGCUACGUACACAGACAUUCACGACAUCUUCCGCUCGUGGGUCAAAACGCAUCCGGUCAGGAUGGACAAGGUGGCCGAGAACUCGCCAACUCGUGUACUGCUCGGCAAAGAGGCGAGGACGGAGGCCAACUUCAAGCGGCAUCCAGAGUCGGUGACUGCGUCGUCAAAGGUGAAACUCGUCCGCUACCAGCAAAACCCGGCGCCGAACUGGGGCCCAGGGGCCAAGCCCGCGGCGAAGCGCAAGCGGGAGCAGGAGGGCGACGAGUGA